GGUGAUUAUGUUUAGACUUAGGCCAGAUGUUUGUAGAGCAAUUUUGGCUACUUCUAUUAUUUGGAUACUUGUUGAUAUAAUUAUUCUUUUUUAUUAUCUUGAUAGAAGCCUUAUUGGUUCGCAAUCAGAAAGGACGAUGAUGCCUCAAAAAGAACAAAUUUCUGAUGAUGUUAAAUCCAAUGAAGAGAAAAAAAUAUUAAGAAGACCGAAAAAUAGAGAAAUUGCCCUUCCAGAACAACCAAAAGAAGAGGACAAAGAAUUGGAAUUGUUACUUUCCCAAUUAAAUUUUGACCCGAAUGGGCCAGGAGAAGGUGGAAAAGGGGUUGAAAUUGCUAAAGAAAAGGAAGAAGAGAAAAAAGAAAAGUUCAAACAAAAUCAAUUUAACCUUAUGGCAUCUGAUCAAAUUAGCGUUAACAGAACAAUACCUGAUUAUAGAACUGAAAAAUGUAAAAGUCAACCUGUCCCUGAAAAUUUACCAACAGUUUCAAUUAUUAUUGUUUUUCAUAACGAAGCUUGGAGUACUUUAUUACGAACUCUUCACUCUGUUGUUAAUCGAACGCCGCUCAAACUUUUAAAAGAAAUUAUUUUAAUUGAUGAUAAAAGUGAAAGAAAUUAUUUAAAGAAGCCUUUGAAAAGAUAUAUUAGAAGAUUCACGAUUCCUGUGCAUUUGAUGCACUUACCUGAACGUUCUGGCCUAAUUAGAGCACGUUUAGCCGGUUCUGCUAUGGCAAAGGGAGAUAUUUUGCUCUUUUUGGAUGCCCAUGUUGAAGUGAGUAUUGGCUGGCUAGAACCUUUAAUUAUUAGAGUAGCGGAGGAUCGUACUCGGGUUGUUGCACCAAUAAUUGAUGUAAUUUCUGAUGAUACUUUUGAAUAUGUUACAGCUUCUGAUACAACUUGGGGAGGAUUUAAUUGGCAUUUAAACUUUAGAACGCCGACAAUUGCUGGUGGUCUCUUUGCCAUUGAUAAAAAAUAUUUUUAUGAGAUUGGCUCUUAUGACAAAGGAAUGCAUGUUUGGGGUGGAGAGAAUUUGGAAAUUUCAUUUCGAGUUUGGAUGUGUGGAGGAUCUUUGGAAAUUCAUCCAUGUUCUCGAGUUGGGCACGUUUUUCGCAAACAAACUCCUUACACUUUCCCUGGCGGAACUGCAACAAUUAUACAUCACAAUGCUAGGAGAACAGCUGAAGUAUGGAUGGACGAUUAUAAGCAAUUCUUUUAUGCAACAGUUACAGCGGCUCGCCAUGUUGACGUUGGCGACGUUACUGAACGUCAAAGAUUGCGUGAACGACUGAAAUGUAAAUCUUUUAAAUGGUAUCUAGAAAAUAUUUACCCAGAAUCGCCUUUGCCUGCAAAUUAUUUGUCUAUUGGAGAGAUAAAAAAUCCUAGCACUAAAUUAUGUAUUGAUACAAUGGGAAAAAGUGGAGGACAACCACCUGGGGUGACUGCAUGUCAUGGACAGGGAGGGAAUCAAGCUUGGAGUUUGACUGGAGAUGGUGAAAUUCGAACUGAUGAAACCUGUUUAGCUGGAAAAGAUGAUAAUUCACUUAAUAUGGAAAAAUGUUCUACAAACCAUCCAAAUGCAAAACAACAAUUUAGCUACAUUCCAAUAACUAAACAAAUUGUUCAUAUCAAAAGCCAGCUUUGCUUACUUCUAAAAACACCAGCGAUGCAAUUAACCCUAGCAGAUUGUAAUUCAAUAAGUGAAGAGAAUAAAUGGGAGCUUGGCCAUUUUAAACAUAUUAGUUAA